AUGGCCCCGCCGGAAGUCGAUGCCGCGCUGCCUGGGACGCCUCUGCUCUCACCGCGCACCGGCAAGGCCACUGCCCGCUCAGCGUCGCCGACUGCGGUGGACGCCUGUCUUGCCGUGACCGGACUUCCAGCAGAUGCCACGCCACGGGAGCUUCACGUGCUCUUCAGCGGCUGCCCUGGCUACGUGGCAUCCUCCCUGGUCUUGGAGGACAAUCAGGCCGCAUGUGCCUGGAUCCACUUUGACACCUCCGACAGCGCCUUGACGGCGGCGAAAAGCCGGAGAAAUACCAGCUGGGUGGUGGGGCAGAAGGUCGACCUAGAAGUUCGCCGCCCUGAUCAGUUGGGAGAUGUGAUGCAACGGCGAGGCCGGAAGACGAGCCCCAAGCAGCCAAGACCCUCGCCAAAGCCGCGAGAGGCAUCCGCUGGACGUUCCAAAGUGCCGAAGGCAGCGGCGAAGACGACUGGUCAUUCUU